UAAAUCUGUAGUUAUCAUCAUCGUCGUCGUCGUCCCCCUGUCACCCAUAAAAUCACACCAUGCUCUGCUCCCUUUUCUGCUUCGUAGUCUCACUCCUGUGAGCUGCUUAGCAGUACUACAAGAAGAAGUGGGAAAAAGAAGUAUAAGAAGACCCUAAAUAGAGGGUAGAGAGCUCAGCUUCGCUGAGCUCACAAUGCGGCUGAAAAUGGGGAUACCCUUUACUCUUCUCCUACUGAUCUCAUUGCUCUGCCUGUGGGUUGGAGCAUCCGAUGGAGCCAACGUCACUUAUGACCAUCGCUCACUCAUCAUCGAUGGCCAGAGGAAGCUCCUCAUCUCUGCUUCCAUUCACUACCCGCGCAGUGUUCCCGGGAUGUGGCGGGGACUGAUUCAGACAGCCAAGGAAGGAGGAGCUGAUGCGAUUGAGUCUUACGUGUUUUGGAAUGGCCAUGAACCUACUCAGGGAAAUUAUUAUUUUGGGGGAAGAUACGAUCUUGUCAAGUUUGUGAAGACUGUGCAGCAGGCUGGGAUGUACAUGAUUCUUCGUAUUGGCCCAUUUGUUGCUGCAGAAUGGUUCUAUGGAGGGAUUCCCAUAUGGUUGCAUUACGUUCCUGGGACAGUCUUCCGCACAGAUAAUGAGCCAUUCAAGUAUCAUAUGCAAAAGUUUACCAUGUUCAUCGUCAAUCUCAUGAAGAAGGAGAAGCUCUUUGCCUCACAAGGAGGGCCUAUCAUCUUGGCCCAGAUAGAAAAUGAAUACGGGAACUACGAAUUCUCUUAUGGUAGUGGAGCAAAACCAUAUGCGACAUGGGCUGCUAAAAUGGCUGUUUCUCAGAAUAUAGGUGUGCCUUGGAUAAUGUGUCAGCAGCCUGAUGCCCCUGAUCCUGUGAUAAACACUUGCAAUAGCUUUUACUGUGAUCAGUUCACUCCAAAUUCUCCCAGCAAGCCCAAGUUCUGGACCGAAAAUUGGCCUGGAUGGUUUAAGACCUUUGGUUCAAGAGAUCCACACAGACCAGCAGAAGAUGUAGCUUUUGCUGUCGCCCGUUUUUUCCAGAAAGGUGGUAGCUUAAACAAUUAUUACAUGUACCAUGGUGGCACGAAUUUUGACCGCACUAAUGGGGGUCCAUUCAUCACAACAAGUUAUGACUACGAGGCACCAAUAGAUGAAUAUGGCUUACCUCGGCUUCCGAAAUGGAGCCAUCUCAAGGAGCUUCAUCAAGCUAUAAAGUUAUGUGAGAAGCCAUUGCUAGACGGUGAAACUACUAAUCUGUCCCUAGGCCCGUCCCUGGAGGCUGAUGUCUAUACAGAUUCUUCUGGUGCUUGUGCUGCCUUUCUUGCUAAUAUUGAUGAUAAAAAAGAUAAAACUGUGGAGUUUCAGAACAGAACAUACGCUCUGCCUGCUUGGUCUGUUAGCAUCCUUCCAGACUGCAAAAAUGUGGUAUUCAAUACAGCGAAGAUUCAGUCUCAGAGUUCCAUUGUAGAGAUGGUACCAGAGGCAUUGCUGCCUUCAGCUUCAACUUCAGAAAAUGAAGGCCUGAAAGCCCUUAAAUGGGAAGUAUUUGUAGAGAAACCUGGGAUCUGGGGAAAAGCUGACUUUGUCAAAAAUGGCCUCAUAGAGCAUAUCAACACCACAAAAUAUACCACUGACUACCUGUGGUACACGACAAGCAUAUUUGUUGAUGAAAAUGAAGAAUUUCUGAAGAAAGGAGAUCAACCGACUCUAUUGGUUGAGUCAAAGGGCCAUGCCCUCCAUGCUUUUGUGAACCGGCAACUUGAAGGCAGUGCAUCUGGAAAUGGCUUGAAUUUUGCUUUCAACUUCUCAAGUCCAAUUUCGCUCAAAGCAGGAGAGAACGAAAUUGCUCUUUUGAGUAUGACUGUUGGGUUGCAAAAUGCUGGGGCCUUCUACGAAUCGUGGGGAGCAGGAUUAACUAGUGUGAAAAUUAAGGGACUGAAAGCUGGAAUAUUGGACUUGUCUGCUUCAAAUUGGACUUAUAAGAUUGGGUUAGAGGGAGAAAACCUGGGUAUUUAUAAAGGACAGGGCUUCAACAGCCCAAAAUGGGUAUCAACCUCCGACCCACCAAAGGAUCAGCCUCUCACAUGGUACAAGGCUGUCGUGGACCCUCCAUCUGGAGAUGAGCCUGUCGGGCUCGAUAUGCUUCAUAUGGGCAAAGGGCUUGCUUGGUUAAAUGGAGAGUCCAUUGGAAUAUAUUUCCCAGUGAAAAGCUCCGAGCACGAGGAUUGCGUUAAAGAGUGCGAUUACCGAGGCAAAUUCAGCCCCAACAAAUGCAGCACUGGCUGUGGAGAACCGACUCAGAGAUGGUAUCAUGUCCCGCGUUCAUGGUUCAAGCCAUCGGGAAAUGUUCUUGUGAUAUUCGAGGAGAAAGGUGCUGAUCCAACCAAAAUCAAGUUCUCAAAACGAAAAACCUCUAGCAUAUGCUCUGCAGUUUCAGAAGAUUACCCCUCUAUUGAUCUCGAGUCUUGGAACACCAACCGAGAUGAGGAUCCCAAGGAUAGAAGAGCGAAAGCCCACCUGAAAUGCCCCGAGCAUACCAAGAUACAUGGUGUGAAUUUUGCGAGCUUUGGGAAUCCCACAGGAUCUUGUGGAUCUUUUAGCUUGGGGAGCUGCCACGAUCCCACAGCCACAUCUGUUGUUGAAAAGGUAUGCCUGAACAGGAAUGAAUGUAAUGUUGAACUAACACCAGAGCAUUUUAGCAAAGAUUUGUGUCCCGGGACGACAAAGAAACUGACUGUGGAAGUGGUCUGCCGCUGAAGUAGGAACUACUCGGGGCAGCAAGAGAAAGAGAGAGAGAGAGUGAGAGUCCCAUACAGAUAGCAGCAUAACAAGUCUGGCAAGAUCAAAAAAAAUUCAACAAUUUUUGUUUUUGUUUUUUGUUUUCAUAGUUAUAUCUUUCAGCUGGAAUCAUUUGCAAUGUCGAAUUUUCUUUUAUGCUAAAUAAAUUUCUCGGUGAGAGCUGUGAACGAAGACACCGGCAUUUACCCGUCCGGAUCAUUGCUGGUUUUAGAAAACCUUAUAGGCGAGAAUGGUAAUGUAGUUUCUAUUAUGUUGGUUUUCGAUGUGGGAAGUUUUACUUGUUAUC